GUAACCAAAGCCAGAAGGAUCUAAGACAAAGGCAGGAGUAUUUCAAAAAAAAAAAAAAUUAGUUGAUAAACUAAAUACUAAUGGAAAAUGAGGGUUCAUGAUCAACGGCUGAGAUUUGAUGUCACACCCAAGCCAAUGGGUUUGACCGGAAGUUCUUUGAUCACGGCAAGAUCCGUCGCACUUCUUCUCUUUCUCUCUCUGCUUCUUCUGAUUCUGCCACCGUUCCUGCCGCCGCUUCCACCGCCUCCGGCGACACUCCUCCUCCUUCCUCUUCUCCUCCUGAUUCUCCUCAUUUUCUUGGCUUUUUCUCCUUCUAAUGAGCCCAGCCUCGCCGUGGAACCUCUCGACCCCUGAUGUCGGCGACUUGAGCACCGUUCCCCGCCAAUGUAAUGAAGUGGCAGACUCAUUGGUCAAAAUGGCUUAUAGACAAAAAGAGAUAUCAAAGGGUCUAUCUUUCAUGUUCUUUAAAUCGAUUGUUGUUCAAAGAUUAUGUAUAUAUUUUCCAAAAGGAAUGAAAACAUCAUACAUUAAUUA